AUGAAGUUCAGCAUCUCGGCCGCACUCUUUGUCGGCCUGGCCACUGCUCUGCCGCUCAACCACCAUGCGGCUCGCCAGGGCGCGACGUCCGUGCCAGUCCCGGUCCCGCCGGUCCCGACCCCUCCAUCCCCGACUAUGCCAAAGCCGACCAUGCCUAUGCCGAUGCCGACUCUACCAAUCCCGAGUCUCCCACCCAUCCCCAGUCCAGUCCUCCCGCCCAUCGGUACCGGACCUCCCCCCGUGCCGACCAUGCCCGUCCCCACCGGCAUCCUGCCCCCCAUCAGUCUCCCUCUCCCCACCGGCAUCCUCCCGCCGUUGACUAUCCCUCUUCCUCUGCCGACCGGGACCGGCAUUCUGCCUCCGAGGCACGCUAUCGUCCCCACGGGAACGGCUUCAUCUGGUUUCCUUCCGAUGCCCACGCCAGCUACGUCCAUGAAGUACCACAUACCUACGCCGAAGCCUUAUAAGUUCUAG